UUGAAGAAUUGAACAUGUCAUGUAAUCCUAAUCUUGAACAAGGAGUUGUUGAAGUAGCCCAUCUGCUGGAGAAUAAUUGCAUGAAAAAAUUGGAUCUGAGCAAUUGCAUGCUUUCUACAGAAACUAUUUGUGAUCUUAGCUCAGCAUUGAAAGAAAAAAAUAUUCAGGUUGAGACACUGAAUAUGAGUGAAAAUGAUCCGACUUUCAUUGUUACGCGACACCAUGCUGAAGCAGUCUGCGAACUUCUGAAAAAUGUCUCGAAAGAGCUAAUCUUCGAACUCCAAUCAAUGCAACCACAAGUUAGAAAGACUUUGCAACAUGGAUUGGAAGAACUUGCUAAUGAAAAGGAAAUAAUGGUUAUACUUUGGAAUGGAGAUAUUUUGCGACCUGAAAAAAGUCAGGCACAACCUACUACUACAAGCUUGGAAUGAAUCAUUUGCAAAGAAGAGAGGACUCAUUUAUUCAGCAUGCACUCUCAUUUUAAAUUGAGCAACCUCGAAACAAUUUUUUAUGCUAUUGUGUUGGGAUAUUCAUAUGCACUGAACAUGCAAACAUACCUGAGUUAAAUCGCUAAGUGUUGUGCCCCCUUUUUUGUAACUUUUGUCAUUUGUCGUUUCAUCUGACCAAGACCAUAUUAUCAAAGAACCGAAAUUUGAAAAUAUUUGGAAUAAUAUCCGAAUACCUUUUGUUAUGCUGAAACACUGAAUUAUCACAAUGUAGUAUUUCAACAGUUUUCUGAUUUAUACAUGUUAGUAUUGAAAGUUAGUUUGAAUUUAAUUGUGUCCAUUAGUUUAAAUGUGCAUUUUUAAACUUGGUGUCAUUGUAAUUGUUCUUAAUAAAUUUUUUUUAUCCUAGUGUUUGUAAAUGUAUUUUUUGCUGUCAAUGUAAGUUUCAAACCUCAGAUAUUGUAGAUGCCUCAUCUAUGUCUUAUCAAAUAUUCACACUGGCCAAGGGCUUCUAAAUGAUUCUCAUAUCCAAAAGUUGAUGCAAUCAUAAAAUAAGAGCAAAGCCCCCAUCUCCUCACAUAACAUAAUAACAUUUUUCAUUCUCAUUAUGCUUAGGUAUAGUUUUUGCCCCAAGUCAUUCGAUAUUCAAGGUAAAUCAGGUAAAACAGGUGGGCCACGAACCUAUUAAAAAUUGCUAGAGUUAUUGUUAAAUUAGUUUAGCAAUGAAUGAUGAUGCUGUUUUUGCUACUGAGUGGUAAUUUACAUUUUAAUUAUUAAAGUGGAAGUGUCUAUUUUUGCAGGAGGAAUUUUUCAUUGUUAUUUUUCCAUGAGAAAGUUAAUUAACCGCAGAAUAUGUGUGCAAUGAAAGUGGAAAAGAGUUAAAGUUGAGAACCACUGCACAAGAGUUUUCCAAUAAA